AUGGGAAAAGAUUCAGAAAAAGAUGGGUUAAGGGUAACCAAGACCCCGGUAAAGCUAGAGGCUGAGUCCCACUUUCAACACAAUAAUAGUUAUUGGCUUCGACCAAGGAAAGGAAAGGAGAUAUUUAGUUCGGAAGCAGUUAAAAGGUACUUUCUUCGUCAACGGAAAAUAGUAAAGGAAAGGCUUAGCUUGGGUGCAGCAGAUAAUGAAGAAAAAGACAGAUACAAAGGCUCGAAAAAAUGCUCAUCAAAAAAGCUUCGUUCAUUAUCAGUUCCUUCCAAGACUCUCCAAGUGUACCAUAGAAGACGUAACAAGUGCGAAAAAGUUCAACCAUUCAUUGAAGGGCAUAACAAGCCUGUCCAGGUGUACAAUCAACGAUUUAAGAAGAACCAGAGAUAUAACAAGUGCAAAACAGUUGAGCCAUCCUUUCAGGAAGGGCAGAACAAGAAGCGGAAAACAUCAACAGUUUCUACUACCAAAGGUUUAAAGGAUAGUCCUCACAAGAAACCAAGGCUUCAAGAAUCUAGCAGUAAAAGUGGACUCAUAGUGAAACAUAAUAAGAAUUCUCAAAUCAAUCACAAGAAGAAAGAUGCACAAGUUCCAACCAAUGAAACACCUAGUGACACAGACAAAAUGAUCUUGAGAACAAAAGUAAUCCUUGAUGAGGAGACGAUACGAGAAUGGAAAUUUCUGAUGGAAAAACCGGAACACAAAGGCUGCAAAUCUGAAAAGUGUGAUGAAAGAUGGGAAAUCGAGAGGACAUUGUUCCAUGGACGGGUGAUAUCAUUCAUUUCUCGCAUGCAUCUUAUUCAAGGUAAUAGACAGUUCUCUCAGUGGAAAGGUUCAAUUGUAGAUUCUGUGGCUGGGGUUUUCCUGGCUCAAAAUGUCGCAGACAACUUAUCGAGCUCUGCUUUCAUGUCCCUUGCUGCUCAAUAUCCUUGUAAUGAAGUCAGAUUCAAAUCAACAUUCCACAACGGAAAUGGGACGAAGCUGGAGAAAUUUUCAAAAGGAAGUUCUAAUAUUAAGAACAAGGGGAUAAUCCGAAGAACAAAUCCGAAAAGGGGUGCGAAGAAAAAGGAGACCAAAAAUCAGCAAUCUGAACCAAUCUUAAGAAGGAAAAGUCAGAAUGCAGACUUGGAAAGUGAAGCCAUUGAAUGGGAAAAUAUGAGGAAGUCAUCUUCAUUUGUUAAUCCCAAAGAGAGAAAUGAUAGCACGUUAGAUGCCAUUGAUUGGCAUGCAGUCCACGCUGCAACAGCGGAUCAAGUAUCGAAAGCUAUCAUGCAAAGGGGAAUGGACAAAAAGCUUGCACUAAGAAUUAAGAAUUUUAUCAACCGCCUGAUCCUGGAACAAGGGAAUGUGGAUCUAGAAUGGCUACGAGAAGUUGAACCAGAAAAGGCUAAGGAGUACUUACUGAGCAUUUAUGGUUUGGGAGUGAAAAGUGUGGAAUGCAUAAGGUUGCUAACUCUCCAACACCAAGCCUUCCCAGUUGAUACAAAUGUAGGACGAGUACUCGUACGACUGGGUUGGAUACCUAUUCAACCACUUCCAAGAGGACAAGAGAUGCAUCUUUUGAAUAUGUAUCCGGACGUCAAAGAUGUUCACAAGUAUCUCUGGCCACGGUUAUGCACACUCAAUUAUCUAACACUAUAUGAAUUUCAUCAUCAGAUGAUUACCUUCGGAAAGGUAUUCUGUACAAAAUCAAGCCCAAAUUGUAAUGCAUGUCCAAUGAAAGCAGAAUGUAGACACUUUGCAAGUGCUUUUACAAGUGCAAGACUUCCCCCGGGGCCAGGGGAAAACAGCUCUGCAAACGUCGAUACUGCUUUAGUACCAGUAGACAGUGCAUGCUCAUGUGCUGACAGUUCUCAAGCCCAGCUUGUUUCUUCUUUCGGGGAAACCUUGAAUUUGCAACAUUCAACCGGAGAUCACCAGAAUGAGCUCAUAACCUAUCCAGCAUUUGAAUGUAUUGGAGAAACAGAUAUUGAAGAUUAUUGUGCCAGUGACAUACCUACCAUCACAUUUGAUAGCCAGGCAUUCAUGGAAAAUUUGUUAAGUUACAUAUAUGAGAAUGAUCUCUCAACAAAAGACACCGAUUUGUCUAAAGCUUUGGUCAUCGCCACUCAAGAAGCACCACUGCCUAAAUUGAAGCAUAUGGGUCGAUUAAGGACAGAGCACCAAGUCUAUGAACUUCCAGAUUCACAUCCUCUGUUAGAAGGGCUAGAGAAACGAGAACCGGAAGACCCUUGCCCAUAUCUACUUGCUAUUAGGACACCAGCUUCAGAAGAACCUACAAAAGAGAAGUGUGAAUCCUGUAAUUGCGAUGAAACUCAAAACAAGAUCAAUGCAUCAAAUGUAGGCACAGGAAACAAUAUUGAGACUGUUAGUGGGACACUUUUGAUUCCGUGUCGAACAGCAAAUAAGGGAAAAUUUCCACUCAAUGGAACAUACUUCCAAGUAAAUGAGGUUUUUGCAGAUGAAGAGUCCACUCAACAACCAAUUGAAGUUCCAAGGACAUGGAUAUGGAAUUUGCCAAGAAAGACCCUCUACUGUGGUACCUCCAUCAGAGCAAUAUUUAGAGGGAUGUCCACAAAAGAAGUACAGAAUUGCUUUUGGAGAGGAUAUGUAUGUCUGAGAGGCUUUAACCGCGAAACACGAAUACCUGGAUCUCUUCCCCUUGACCUUCAUCGUCCAAUAAGCAAGUCAGGAAAAGCAAAAAGGUCUUAA